ACAACUGAAAAUUUCGAGUCAACUUAUUUCCCAUUUAUAGAGGAUGCAAAAUUCAACAGUGAUCAGCAGGGUGAACGCGGGCCUGAGUCGCUGCCUGAGCCACCACCGGAAAUUGUGUCGCAGCAUCGCCGAGCUGGAUUGCCUCAUUUUCAACGACGAGUUCCUCAAGGAUCCACGGACCCAGUGGUUGCUCCACCAGAGGCGCCAGAAGGAGGUCAAGCACAAGGUCAGCAGCUCCUUGGGGCGAGUGCGAAGUGAGGUGGGUCGUCUGCUCGACCAGUCCAACAAUACGCUUUCUCCGCAUUCCGCAAAGAGUAAUCUGGCGGUCACACGGGCCUUCUGUCAAUUGCUUCAGGCCGAACCGCCAAGUGGAGUUCAUACGCCCAGGUCCAGGACCCACACAGGACCUCUGCCCGCCUUCACUCCCUUGCCCUCGCCCGAAAGACGUCCCAGUUUGAGGGUCAGUGCCAGCCUGCCUCGCACUGAGAGGAAGGCCUCCUCCAAGGCAUGUUGCCAAAGUGGUUAGAAAGGAGAUCACAAAAGUCAGGGAACCUAAUAAGAACCCCGUGAGAUGGAAGAGAAAUUGCUGGAGAAAUCUUGGAGAGAUCUGCUCCCAAGUCUGACAGAGAUCUAUGAAAUGGAUAGAUCUGUGGCAGAUUUGCGAGCUAUAUCUGUGGGAUGUCUCGAAGUAUCGGCAAGUGGCGAUCUCCCCAAAAGGACUGAACUUAUAUAUCCCACACAUCACGGGAUGCAACUGGAGGAGGAGGAGGAGGAGGAGAAGGAGGAGGAGGAGGAGGAGGAGGAGGAGGAGGUGUUGCCCCCGCGUCGGUAUCCGUGCUGCUCUCGUUAUUGUUAUGAAUAAGUUAAUAACAUGGCGGAAGGCUUCUUUUGUCGUGUCCCAAACAAGCAA